AAGGUUGUAAUUUUGUGUUUGUGUGUGUGUGUUCAGGCUGCUUCAUUCAGACAGAGAUCCUAUUCCAGAUGUUCCUGCUAUUUAUUUCGUCAUGCCCACAGAGGAGAACAUCGACAGGAUUUGUCAGGACUUGAGGAACCAGCUAUAUGAGUCAUACUAUCUGAACUUCAUCUCUGCCAUCAGUAGAAGUAAAUUGGAGGACAUUGCCAGUGCCGCAUUGGCUGCUAACGCUGUUACCCAAGUCACCAAGGUGUUUGAUCAGUAUCUAAACUUUAUCACUUUGGAAGAUGAUAUGUUCAUCCUCUGCCAUCAAAAUAAGGAGCUCAUUUCCUACCAUGCCAUCAACAGGGCAGACAUCCAGGACACAGACAUGGAGGCCAUCAUGGACACCAUUGUAGACAGUCUUUUCUGUUUCUUCGUCACUCUUGGUGCGGUUCCAAUCAUCCGCUGUCCUAGAGGAAACGCAGCAGAAAUGGUUGCUGUGAAACUGGACAAAAAGCUCCGUGAGAACCUGCGUGAUGCCAGAAACAGUCUGUUCACAGGAGACAGCAUGACUGCUGGACAGUUCAGCUUUCAGAGACCCCUGUUUGUCCUGGUAGAUCGUAAUGUGGACAUGGCCACGCCCCUCCAUCACACCUGGACCUACCAGGCGCUGAUUCAUGAUGUGCUGGACUUCCAUCUGAACAGGGUGGUGAUGGAGGAGGGUAUGGGGGCAGAGCCAUCAGCUGGUGCUAGACCAAAGAAGAAGAGCAGGAAGACCUAUGACUUGACUGCUGCUGACAAGUUCUGGCAGAAACACAAGGGCAGUCCAUUCCCAGAGGUUGCAGAGUCAGUUCAGGAGGAGCUGGACACGUAUAGAGCGCAGGAGGAUGAAGUCAAACGGUUGAAAAGUAUCAUGGGCUUAGAGGGGGAAGAUGAAGGAGCCAUCAGCAUGCUUUCAGACAACACAGCGAAGCUAACCUCUGCUGUCAGCUCCCUGCCAGAGCUGUUGGAAAAGAAAAGACUGAUUGAUCUGCACACCAAUGUUGCCACAGCAGUGCUUGACCACAUCAAGGUAUACAGUAGUUUCCAGAAACUGAGAUUCAAUUUAAGUGCCACACACCCAAAGAGUUUCUUAGACUACCAGCCUAACCCUGUCCUCCUCCCCUCCGCCUCUUGCUUUCCUCCAUCCUGUCUCUCCUCCCAUCCUGGCUUUUCUUCAUCUAUUUCUCCUUACCCCCAACCCCCCAUCCCCCAUCCCCACAGACUGUUCUCCAGAGUGAUGAAUACUGGCUCCCAGUUUGUCAUGGAGGGUGUGAAAAACCUGGUGCUCAAACAGCAUAUUGGUAAAAACAACAGUAUUUGUGUGGAAGUGUUACUUUCUCCCUGCAAUAAUAGGUUCAGUAGGAAACUUCAUUUUAUUUUUCUGUAUUUCCAGUCUAAGCAGGGGAAGAAGAUUGUUUAUGGCUGCAGUGAGCUCUUCAAUGCGUCUCAGUUCAUCAAACAGCUCUCCCAACUUGGCCAAAAGUGACACGGACACUGACAACAUGUGAAUCUCCCUCUCUCAUUGCCGAUCUCUUUAUUCCACUUUGUUUUAUCUACUCUGUUCUGUUAAUGGACUAAAUAUUUUCUGUCUUCACUGUAAUUUCUGUUCCUCAUACUAAGCGCUACUAAUAAAGCUCAACAGUUCCAA